AUGGAAGGUCCUCUGUACCCAAAAAUAAGUAACAUCAAAAUCUCAGUAAGAGGCGUAGACAAACUACUUGCUGCACUGUACACAAACAAGGAUACCAUAAGUCAGCUACAGAACACGGCUCUAAUACAAAAUAUCACCGACAAUCAACACCAGGAUACCAUAAGUCAGCUACAGAACACGGCUCUAAUACAAAAUAUCACCGACAAUCAACACCAGGAUACCAUAAGUCAGCUACAGAACACGGCUCUAAUACAAAAUAUCACCGACAAUCAACACCAGGAUACCAUAAGUCAGCUACAGAACACGGCUCUAAUACAAAAUAUCACCGACAAUCAACACCAGGAUACGAUAAGCCGGCUCCAGACCACACUCCAAGCACAAACUUUGAUCAACAAUCAGCUUCGUCAGCUGCAGGCCAACAGGGGAUCCGCGGUGUUUACACGUUGGGGGCGAAGGGACUGCCCCGCUAACAUAACGUCCUUUGUCUAUACGGGAUAUGCCGGAGGUUCCUUGUACACGGACACGGGGGCAGCGGCCGAGUACCUGUGUAUGCCCUCUGAUCCUAUAUGGGGCCCACAUAAGGACCUUGUCUACGAUGGUCCCUGGGUUGGUUAUGUAUAUGGCGCCGAGUAUGAAGAUGCUGGUGUGGGUGUUUUUGGCAUGAUGGAUAGUAUGCAUGACGUACCUUGUGUCGUGUGUGUUGUUAACCAGUUUACCUCCUCCCUCAUGUUUCCCGGGCGUACCCAGUGUUACCCUGGCUGGGCUGAGGCUUACCAUGGGGACCUGUCGUCCGGAGCUCAUUCUGCGGCCGCAGCCACUCAGUAUGUAUGUGUGGACCAGCAUCCACAGGCCCUCGAAGGGGGAGGAAACAAGGACGAGAAUCGGAAACUCUUCUACGGCGUUAAAUCGAAAUGUGGACCCCUUCACUGUCCACCUUACGAGGACAAUAAUUAUCUCUCGUGUGUGGUUUGCUUGAAGUAAA